CAACGUAUAACACCGAUUCAACAAUGCUCUCUGAUUACUUUGUCAAAUUCUGUAACAGAACCCUUUGUCUGCGGCAGCACUAGUGUAAUAUUAGCUGUUUGCAUUGUCCGCAUGUGUAUCGAAUUAAACGCCUAACAAGCCUGUUCAUAUUCAAAAAAUGUGGUCAUUACGAUCCCGCUUGGCCAGCCUGUCACGCCCGGGACGUUCUUCCCAUUCCAACCCCCUGUGAAAAUGUCUUGCUAGCCAGCUAGUAGCUAUCUACACCUCAGUUUGUGGUUGUGCGUUGUAAUGUUUAGUAUUGUAUCCAUCUCUUCACUACUAUGGCUGUACGUUGGUUAUGCAGCCUGUUUGGGAAGCCCUUUGAUGGUGGGAAGAGGAUGGACAAUGGCAGCCAGCAGCAGCACCCAGCCAUGAAUAGGCUCUAUGAGGUCCAGCGGGAGGUUCAGUCUCUGGGCCCUCAAGUGUGCACCUUCAGCGGGCUAAAGAACGAGCGGGAGUACCGGCGGCUGGAGCGCGAGCUGACCCAGCUGCUCCUGGAAGUGGACCAGGUGGACACGGAGGGCAGGGCAGACCUACAGGGGGCACGCAAGAGAGCAGCCCAAGAAGUAGAGGGGCUGUUGCGCUACCUGGAGGAGAACGCCACCCACCCGUCCCGCCUGGCCAUCGAGGAGCUGAGCAGGGAGGCCCAGAGGCUGGUGGAGCAGGGUGUGGUGGAGCCUCAGCAGGCUGGGGGCACAGCAGAGAUCAGUGAUGAGCUGGUGGAUGCCGUGCAGGAGCUGAUACUGAGGCUCACCCAGGUAAAGACAGGAGGGAGGGUGCCCCUCCGCAAGGCUCGCUACCGGGCCCUGACACGACUGUGUGCCGUGCAGGACGUGAUCGAGGGUCGCACGCGGCAGCAGACCCUUCCCCUUUCGGAAGACACACAUGUGGCCGUGCAGAGGAUCAACCAGGUGAUGGUGCAGGUGAGUGGGGCACGCAGCCAGCUGGUGGCACUGCUGAUGGGGCUGAGUGGGAGGGAUAGCUGUGCCCACCUCUCCCGUGUGCUCACUGAGCUCCUAGUGGAGCUGGAUGCCCUGGACGUGUCGGGGAACGCAGCGGUCAGAAACUACCGGAAACAGGUGGUGGAGGAGAUCAACAGCCUGCUCAAACACCUGGACCUGGAGGGAGAGGGAGACGAUACGCGCAGGUAUGACUUGGGGCAAAAUGACUCUAUCCGUCAGAUUGAGGCGGUGCGUGGUCGGGUGGGCCAGCUGCAGGGGGAGGUCCUUCGACACUGUGGGGUGGGUGACCUCUUCAGGCCCAAGCCUGAGCUCCAGAGUCUCCUCACACAUCUGGACCAGGUAGACACAGCCCGUAACCCCUGUAUCCGUGAAGCCCGGCGGCGUGCCGUGCUGGAGGUCCAGGCUGUCAUCACCUUCCUGGACCUCCGUGAGGCCCUGAUCUGCCGCCAGCCCAGCCCCAACGAGCCCUCACAACACAGGGCUGUGUGGAUAGUCCUGGGCAGCCUGUCAGACCUCCAGGCCCAGGUACUCUGCUUCAAUGGCAAGCAGGCCGACAAGAGCUACAGGCUGCUGGAGGAGCUUCUGACCAAACAGCUGCUGGCUCUGGACGCAGUUGACCCACAGGGCGAUGAGAUGACCAAGGUGGCCCGCAAGCAAGCAGUCAAGUUUGCCCAGAACAUCCUCAGCUUUCUGGACAUGAAGACAGAUGAGUGGGAAUACUGAUCCACUGGAAAAGACUGGACGUAGCUGUAGGAUGCCCAAUGGAAUUGUAUAUAAACUGGUGCAUCAUCACUCUAAGAGAGUUGGGGUGUGUAAAUAUUGUCUAAAUCCCAGAAUGCACGGCAGCAGCGCUUUUGUCUCUUUGUCAUUGUUGCUGGCCUGUGGGGGGUGGGGGGAACAACCCAAUAACAUUUUUGUGAAAUAGAAUUUGGAGAAUAGUGUUCUGACAUACAAUGUGCUUUUUAAAGUUUACAGAGCAUCUUUUUGAAAUCUACUGUAUGUGUGUGCGUUUUGAUCAGUGUUGUUGUUGGGUUGUGGUUGCAAAGCCUGCGGCCAAAAGCACUGAAGCCUGUUAUAGUGGUGGUCAGAGUAGUUAAGAUGGUCACUUUGUCUGUUUUUCAAAUGCAGGAGUGGGACUAGAGUAAUUACAUCUCGAUGGCAUCCAUGUUUAGCUUGAUUACUUUGGAGGUCAGUUGUAAAUUUACUCAGCCAAAUGAUGUACAUGAUGUCUCAAAAUACUUCUUUACUGAGAUGAACCGAGUUUACAUCAGUACUAUGAGACAAGAUCUUCCUCUAUUCAUGUUGCUUCUCCACUUCCAUUUGCUCUGUGUCUCUUCCUGGUAAUGCUUUAAUCAACACUUCUGGCGCAAACUACCCUAACCCUGGACGUACACAGCUGUUUCUGGCAACCAUUCAGAUGACAAAUGAAAAGGAGAGCUUCUUUACGGCUUUAACCACUGUCCUACAAUAAUGAGGAGAAGGAGGAUGUAGAGUUAAAGGGCCUGUGAAAACAUUUGUCAAUAGGAUGGUAUGUUAUUAAAGACCUUGUAUAGAAUGAACAUUUGUGGACACGAUAAUUGCCCUGUUUGUAAUUUGUAGCUAAAUGUUGAAUGUGUGUUUGCGAGGCUAGUGAACGGGAAAAAUAGUGUGAAGGUGGUUUAGGUUUCAUUUUUGUCUGUCGCUUUCUAUUGUCAGAGGAAUGUGUCUGAGAGCCCCGUAGAGGGUCACUGAUUUGGUGUUGCGUGUAUUAUUAUAGCUGGUGACAGUGUUCACAGUGGACAGAGCAGUCUAAAACUUCUGCAGAGUUGCAGCAGAGUUAGGAAGCUAUUAGUUAAAAAGCCCAAAUCUGUGCCUUUCUUUUCAUCAUAUUUUUCACCAUCCCGAGCACUUACACUCUGAGAUGUGCACUUUUUACUGAUUCUCAGCGCUGCACCUGACAGCUCUUUGUAAACUGACCAUGGAAUGUCUGGCAGAUAGUGCAUAGGUCUAACAAAGCUUGAACAGUCCUCGGAUAGCUCCCACAAACUCGCACACUCUCAAAAUGACAGAGGUUAUUCAAACCUUCUCUGCUGCUAUAGAAAAACAUAUGGCAUACAAACAGGGAAAUCCAGCAUCACAAUCAUGGGUCAUCUGAAGUGAGAUUAUUCGAUUACACUUGUGUUCAGUGCGGCACUCAUGCAAUGGAGGGGUGUUCACACAGCAAGCUUAAUGCUCUCUCAAACUAACCAAUACAAAAUAAGGUACCAUUCUGUCAAUUUUUGUUGAUUUGAAGUAAUGUUCUUUGCCAAUAACCAUACAAUCUCUUUCCUUCCUAGGCAUGUACAGUGCAUUCGGAAAGUAUUCAGACCCUUGACUUUUUCAGCGUUAUUCUAAAAAGGAUUACAUUGUUUUUUUCAUCGUCAAUCUACACACAAUACCCCAUAAUGACAAAGCAAAAACAGGUUUUUAGACGUUUUUGCAAAUGUAUAUAAAAGUAUUCAGACCCUUUACUCAGUACUUUGAAGUACUUUUGGCAGCCAUUACAGCCUUGAUUCUUCUUCGGUAUGAUGCUACAAGGUUGGCACACCUGUAUUUAGGGAGUUUCUACCAUCCGUCUCUGAAGAUCCUCUCAAGCUCUGUCAGUUUGGAUGGAGAGCGUCGCUGCACAUCUCUUUUCAGGUCUCCAGAGAUGUUCGAUUGGGUUCAAAUCCGGGCUCUGGCUGGGCCACUCAAGGACAUUGAGGCGUGUCCUUAAGCCAGUCCUGCAUUGUCUUGGCUGUGUGCUUCGGGUCAUUGUUCUGUUGGAAGGUGAACCUUUGUCCCUCCUGAGGAGGGUUUCAUCAAGGGUCUCUCUCUACUUAGCUCCGUUCAUCUUUCCCUCGAUCCUGACUAGUCCCAGUCCCUGAAAAACAUCCACACAGCGUGGCUUCUGUCUGGCCACUCCAACAUAAAGGCCUAAUUUUUCUGGAGUGCUGCAGAGAUGGUUGUCCUUCUGGAGAGUUCUCCCAUCUCCACAGAAGUACUAUGGAGCUCUUUCAGAGUGACCAUCGGGUUCUUGGUCACCUCCCUGACCAAGGCCCUUCUUCCACGAUUGCUCAGUUUGGCCGGGCGGCCAGCUCUAGGAAGAGUCUUGGUGGUUCCAAAUGUCUUCCAUUUAAGAAUUAUGGGGACCUUCAAUGCUGCAGAAAUUUUUUGGUACACCUUACCAGAUCUGUGCCUCGACACAAUCAUGUCUCGGAACUCUACAGACAAUUCCUUUGACCUCAUGGCUUGGUUUUUGCUCUGACUUGCACUGUCAACUGUGGGACCUUUUAUAUAGACGUGUGUGUGUGUGUGCCUUUCCAAAUAAUGCCCAAUCAAUUUAAUUUAACACAGGUGGUCUCCAAGUUGUAGAAACAUCUCAAGGAUGAUCAAUGGAAACAGGAUACACCUGAGCUCAAUUUCAAGUCUCAUAGCAAAGGGUCUAAUUACAGAUGUAAAUAAGGUAUUUCUGUUUUUUAUUUUUUAUAUAUUUGAAAAAAUGUCUAAACCUAUUCACUUUUUCAUUAUGGUGUGUUGUGUGUAGAUUGAGGAAAAAAUAUAAUUAAUACAUUUUAGAAUAAGGCUAACAACAAAAUGUGGAAAAGGGUAAGGGGUCUGAAUACUUUCCGAAUGCACUGUACAUCGAUGUGAAUUUACUAAGAUAUCUAUAGUAUCUUCAGUAUAUUAUUGUUUGUUGCUCUAUCAAUGCGGUCUGUUGUGUUAGAUGGGAACCCCUCUGUGAAGGGGUCAUUUGUCAGCCAAACCCCUUUUUAAGAGUAGAAGGCCAGAUCGUAGGCUAACACUGUCUAUUCUAAUUCUAGUCCUCUUUCUCUGUGUAGCGGACAUGAGUCAGUCAUGGUUGCUCAUGGUAACGUGAUGAGGUAGCCUUGCCUGCAACUUCAUUAUCAGUGUCAGCUGUCGGGCCCAACUUUGCAAAAAUAGAACAGUGCUCUUAUCUGAAAGUAGUGCUUUCUAUCUGAACUAUAUAUGCAUCAGUUACAUCCAUGUGAACAUGACUUCAGUGUUGGUUGAGCAAACAACAAAUUACAUACAAUUUUAGGGGUAGAAUGUACAAUUUUGUCAAACAAUGUUUUAUUUAUUACUUACCAAAGCAGAUUAUUAUUUUUUUUAACCUAUAUUUUGUUAUAUAUAUAUAGCACAUAUUUUAUCUUAGCUUUAUCUUGGCCAGGUCGCAAUUGUAAAUGAGAACUUGUUCUCAACUUGUCUACCUGGUUAAAUAAAGGUGAAAUAAAAUAAAUACAUUUUGGGUUUCUCACUGUGUGGAACAUUUUUGUUUGCCUACUUUGCAUAUGGCAGCAAUGUGUCUAAGGUACAGUAUUAAAUGUUUUCAUUUGAC